AUGGGGGACGGUGGCGCGUCCUCGCCGGUGAACUUCCAGAAUGGCACUUGGAGCGAGGCGUCCGACGCGCCGGGCUCCGCUGCUGCUGCAGCCGCCGCGUCCGAGCAGUGGAUGGCCGGGAUGAGCCUGGUGAUGGGUUUGAUCGUCCUGUGCAUCGUGUUCGGGAAUAUCCUGGUCAUCGUGGCCAUAGCCAAGACGCAGAGGCUGCAGACGCUCACCAACGUGUUCAUCGUGUCGCUGGCGAGCGCGGACCUCAUCAUGGGGCUGCUGGUGGUGCCGUUUGGCGCCGCGCUCGAGGUGCGCGGCUCGUGGCUGUACGGCUCCUUUUUCUGCGAGUUCUGGAUCUCCGUGGAUGUCCUCUGCGUUACGGCCAGUAUCGAGACCCUGUGCGUAAUCGCCAUAGACAGGUACGUGGCCAUCACCUCACCCUUCCGCUACCAAAGCUUGUUAACCAAAGCCCGGGCCAAAGCGAUGGUGUGCGUCGUGUGGGCCAUCUCCGCUCUGGUCUCCUUCCUGCCCAUCCUCAUGCACUGGUCCCGGGACAGCGUGGACACAGCCUGCUACGAGGAUCCGGAAUGUUGCGACUUUGUCACCAACAGAGCAUAUGCCAUCUCUUCAUCCGUCAUAUCUUUUUACAUUCCUCUCCUGGUCAUGAUAUUCGUUUACGCACGCGUGUACAGGGAGGCGAAAAAGCAGCUGAGGAAGAUCGACAAGUGCGAGGGCAGGUUCCACAACACCUUAACCGGACUGACCUCCAAGUGCAAGAAGAGGCCGUCCAAGAUCUUAGCGCUCAGGGAGCAGAAGGCGCUGAAAACGCUGGGCAUCAUCAUGGGGACGUUCACCCUGUGCUGGCUGCCCUUCUUCAUCGUCAACGUGGUGCGGGUGUUUUGCGCAGAGGUGGUGGACAAGAAUCUGUUCGUGUUCCUGAACUGGCUGGGGUACGUGAACUCUGCGUUCAACCCCAUUAUUUACUGCCGGAGCCCGGACUUCAGGAAGGCUUUCAAGAGGCUGCUGUGCUGCCCGAGGCAAGCCGACCGCAGGCUGCACAUCAGCUCCUGCGAUCUGUCGCGAUGCUCCGGCGGGUUCGUGUCCCCUCUGGAGCCCGGCACGUUGGGGAUGUGGUCGGAUUGCGCCGGUUUGGACAACAGUGACAGCAGUCUGGUGGGGACUGCGAAGCUGUCUCACUCUGAAUCACAGCUGUGAAGGUAAAAGAAAAAAAAAAGAAAAGUUCGGACGCGCAGGAUUAUGGCACGAUGGUGACAAAAACGGACGUUUGCGCAAGAGCCAUAGGACCUUAUUUCGUGUUCUGUUUUGUUUUUUUACUAUUAUAUUUCAUUUUUGAUCUGCACCAGUGAACUCAAGCAUCAAGCGACAUCACCAGAAAUAUAUUUAAAAGCCAUAUUUUAAAAAAAGAAAAACGGCAUAUGGAUCAGUGCUUUUAUGUUUUCUUUUUUACGCGCAGCUCUCCAGGACUCCAAUUUGCCAAAUUAGCUCAUAUCGACCCUAGAAUUUGGUGGACAGCUACAAAACGUCGGCCAUAAAUCACGCUUGAGGAGCAGGAUUCGGUGAAUUUUACGCAUCUAAAGAGCGCCUUCUGUGAUUUCUCCCUUUCAUUCUCUUAAUUCUAAUUUUCUUGUAUAAUGUGGAUGAGGAUAACGGGGAGAUGGGUUUCCUAUGAGGCAACAACAGUGAAGAAUUUGUGACUGUACUGUAAUCAUGUAGAGCUCACUAUGUGUUCCUUUUUCUUUUUUCUUUUUUUUCUUUUUUUACCUCACAGCCAUCGGCAAGUGCAAUUUGUACGACAGGUAUUUGUUUAUAUUAAACAUGAUUGUAAAAUAGAGCCUAUUUAUUCCGCGCUGUCUUUUUACUACUAAGCGAGCAGCCCCUUUGUACAUAGUAUGUGGUGUUUAGUACCAAAGUGAGGAAUUUGAGCCUCUCUCUCUGUCUCUGGCUUUACAUGCUAUUGUGAGGUGGUGUGUUGACGUCUGUGAAAAUAAAAGGAAGUUUCAUUGUUA